ACAAUACGUAAGUUAUAGAAUAAAUUAUAUGGAUUGCUAUGAGGUGAUAGUGUGGUGCUCUCUCUUACUUUCUUCCUUCAUACCUAACAUCACUGCACUGAGCAGUAUCACUCCAAAUAAGCCAUUGCAUCACAAUGAAUCCCUUGUUUCAGCAUCUGGAACCUUUGAAGCAGGGUUCUUUAGCAUUGGAAGUUCUCGGAGAUAUUACUUCUGCAUAUGUUACAAGAAUAUAUCACCUAGAACAAUUGUUUGGGUGGCCAACAGAAACACCCCAUUGGAUAACUCCACAGGGGUUUUGAAAGUCAGUCAUGGGGGAAAUCUUGCUGUACUUGAUGGCACUGGUGCAAAUUUUUGGUCAUCCAAUGCAUCAACCACUGCUCAGAAGCCAACAGUGGAGCUUUUGAACUCUGGCAACCUUGUUGUGAAAGAUGGUGGUGGUAGUAAUGCCCCAGAAAAGAUUGUGUGGCAAAGCUUUGAUUAUCCUGGUGACACUUUACUUCCUGGAAUGAAACUCAGAAGCAGUUUAGUUACAGGUGCACAUAGUUCUCUGACAUCAUGGAGGAACACAGAAGAUCCUGCUGUGGGGGAAUUUUCAUUGUAUAUUGAUCCUCAUGGUUUUCCUCAGAGAGUGACUACAAAGGGAGGGACUUGGUUGUACAGAGCAGGUUCGUGGAAUGGUUAUCAGUUUUCAGGAGUUCCUUGGAAACUGUUGCCUAAUUUCUUCAAUUACUAUUUUGUGUUAACCAAGGAGGAAGUGUAUUAUGAGUAUGAACUCUUGGAACGUUCUGUUGUUACAAGGUUUGUGAUCAACCAAGCAGGUAGCGAUCAACGUUUCACAUGGUCAAAGAGGACAAAAAGUUGGGAGCUUUUUGCCUCUGGCCCAAGGGAACAGUGUGAAAACUAUGCUUUGUGUGGUGUAAAUUCUGUUUGCAAUGUUAAUCGCUACCCUAUAUGUGAAUGCUUGGAGGGUUUUGUCCCUAAGUUCACAGAAAAGUGGAGAUCAUUGGAUUGGUCUAGUGGGUGUGUUCGGAGAAUGAGUCUGAGUUGUGACAAUGAAGAUGGUUUUGUUAAGUACGAGGGAAUGAGAUUACCAGACACAUCUUCCUCCUGGUAUGACGCAAGAAUGAGUCUUGAUGAAUGUGAGAGAGUGUGCUUGCAAAACUGUUCUUGCACAGCAUACACAAACUUAGAUGUCAGAGGUGGUGGCAGUGGUUGUCUACUUUGGUUUGGUAACAUUGUGGAUAUGGGAAAACAUCUCUCCCAAGGACAAGAGAUUUACAUACGAAUGGCUGCUUCAGAUAUAGAAAACACUUGGCAUAAAAGGCACAUUAACAAGAAGCUUGUGGUGGUUUUGGCAGCAAUUGUUGCGUUCAUUAUAGUCAUAACAUUAGGAUCAGUUCUAUACAUUCGGAGAAAACUUGAGAAACAAGGAAAGACAAAUAUAGUGGACCAGAUGCCUCACACUAUAAAACAUGGGAAGAAAGACAUUGACUUACCAACCCUUGAUUUAUCAACCAUUGAUAAUGCCACUCGUAGUUUCUCUGUCAAUAACAUAUUGGGAGAAGGUGGAUAUGGACCAGUUUACAAGGGUGUGCUGGCAAAUGGACAAGAAAUAGCUGUUAAGAGACUUUCCAAAAAUUCUGGACAAGGAUUAGAUGAAUUCAGAAAUGAAGUUGUGUUGAUUGCGAAUCUUCAGCACCGGAAUCUUGUAAAGAUUCUAGGGUGUUGUGUUCAAGAGGAGGAGAGAAUCUUGAUCUAUGAAUUCAUGCCUAACAGGAGCUUGGAUCUUUACAUUUUUGAUAACACAAGAAAGAGAUUAUUGGAUUGGAGCAAACGCUUUCAAAUUAUAAGUGGCAUAGCUAAAGGUCUUCUCUAUCUUCAUCAUGAUUCUAGACUGAGGAUCAUUCACAGAGAUAUCAAAGCAAGCAAUAUUCUUCUUGAUAAUAAUAUGAAUCCAAAGAUAUCAGACUUUGGACUAGCAAGAAUGCUUGUUGGUGAUCACACUAAAGCCAAUACAAAAAGGGUUGUGGGAACUCAUGGUUACAUGCCUCCUGAAUAUGCAGUGUAUGGAUAUUUUUCAGUAAAAUCAGAUGUGUUCAGCUUUGGUGUUAUUGUGCUAGAGAUAGUUAGUGGGAGGAAGAACACAAGAUUUCUUGAUCCACUCAACCAACUUAACCUUAUAGGGCAUGCUUGGAGAUUGUGGAGUGAAGGGAGGCCUUUGGAGCUGGUUGAUGAAGCACUAGGGGAUUCAGUGAUUGAAAGUGAAGUGUUGAAAAUUGUUCAUGUUGGGCUCUUGUGUGUUCAAGAGAGAGCAGAGGAUAGGCCCAACAUCUCAAGUGUGGUUCUGAUGCUGAAUGGUGAGAGGCCAUUGCCCAGGCCCAAGCAGCCUGCAUUUUAUCCACACCAUGAAGAUUUUUCUUCAUCCACCAAGUGUGAAUUCAGCUCAAAUGAUAUGUCCAUCAGUUUAGAGGCAAGAUAGUAAACCUAAAUUAAUUGAAAUGAGCACCAUGUGUUUGAUGUUUGUACAGUUUUCAGGAUUAUUAAUAUGUUAGGUUCUGAAUCUGUGUGCA